AUGAAACACUUCAUUGUUUGUGUCGUCAUCAUAGGUAUGUGUUUCCUUCACUCGAUUUCGAUCUCAUCAUUUUCAAGCAAAGAGGAAUUGAAAGUUCUUCAGGCUUCAAGUGCAGAGAUCAAGCAGUUUGUAUUUGAAAACACACACUUUCUCAAAGAUGAGUCAGCAUGCCAAAGCAUCAAGUUUUUUUGGUCGUUCUCCAACUUCAGGUCGCGUUUAGAGAAAGCGAUCGCUGCUUCACAGCGUUGUUUUUUCAGUGAAUCAUUCUUUGUGGAGCCAUACGGGUACAAAAUGCGCCUUACUAUUUGCCCAGAUGGACCACCAGAAAUUAACUUUCAUCUCUCUGUGUAUGCCCAAUUACUUAGAGGUAGGAAUGACGACCAACUAGUGUGGCCUUUCCAGCAGAAAGUGGUGUUCACCUUAGUCGACCAACAAGAUAAUACAUCGAAGACUAAAAACAUUAGAAAAGCUCUAACACCUACAAGAAAGGGCAUGCCAAGAUGCCAGCAAUUGAAGUUCGCCAGACCCUCUAAAUCGCAUGAUGUGAAUAAUGACGUAUUUGGAAUCCAUAGGUUCAUUUCCCAUCUCGACCUUAAAAAAAGACGUUACGUACGCGAUGACACAAUUUUGAUUCAAUUCGAAGUCUAUCCUCCCCUCUGUGAUUGA